UACAGAAAUCCAUUCGGGUAUCAGCCAUGGAGAGAAAAGCGUACUUUUCAGGCUAUGUUCGAUAUUCUCGAAGCCGACAUUGUCGUGAUGCAGGAGACCAAGAUUCAGCGAAAAGACUUGACAGAUGAUAUGGUUUUGGUUCCUGGGUGGGACGUAUACUUUAGUCUGCCCAGGCACAAGAAAGGAUACUCUGGCGUUGCCAUAUACACGCGAAAUGCCACCUGUGCGCCCAUCAGGGCAGAAGAAGGAAUCUUGGGUGUGCUCUGCCCCCCUAAAUCUUCGACACAGUUCCGGAAUCUACCCAAAGACCAACAGAUUGGAGGCUACCCAAGACCGGAGCAACUUCCAGGAAAUAUUGACGAAUUGCUAUUGGACUCCGAAGGAAGAUGUGUUAUUCUCGAAUUUCCUGCCUUCGUACUCUUGGGUGUUUACAGUCCAGCUAACCGCGAUGAGUCAAGGGUGGAAUUCCGCAUGGAGUUUCUGCAGGCCCUCGAUGCUAGGGUGCGAAACUUGGUUGCCGAGGGCAAGCAGGUGGUUUUGGUGGGGGAUCUGAACGUGAGUCGCUCCGCGGCCGACUCCACCAACGUUGUCGAGAACCUUCGAAAAGAAGGUCUGAGCAUGGAGGAGUGGAUGAACUUACCCUCACGCCGCCUCUUCAACCAUCUGGUCUACGGAGGCACGGUGCAAGGAGAUCGCGAUGAAGGACGGGAGCAGCCUGUGCUGUGGGAUCUAUGCAGAGAAUUCCACCCCGCACGAGAGGGUAUGAACACAUGUUGGGACACAAAACGAAACACACGACCAGCCAACAACGGCAGCCGCAUCGACUACGUGCUCUGCAGCCAUGGGCUGAGAGACUGGGUCACAGAAGCUAACAUUCAGGAGGGCUUAAUGGGAUCCGAUCACUGUCCAGUAUUUGCCACACUAGCUGAUGUCGUGACGACUGGCAGCGAAAAGGUGCCGUUGUUGAACCUCGUCAACCCACCUGGCAUGGUUGACAGAGACGGUCGACGCCUCCGGGAAUGGCACCCGAAGGACGUCUUGCCUUUAUCAGCCAAGUUGAUUCCUGAGUUUGACCGGCGACAGAGCAUCCGGGAUAUGUUCACGAAGAAAGCUGGCGCUAAGCUGUCGAGCCAGUCAUCGUCAUUGGCGCCUUCCAGCGCUACAGAGUCUACCCCGGAAGGAGACGACUUGGCACGCUUGGAGCAGCCUGGUGCCAACACGAAGACGAGCGUCGCUGAUCAUAGGCUCGGAAUGAGCGGCGCUAGCCACUCCGCAAGUUCACAAUCCUUAACUGGGUUGAGACCAGAGGCGCCAUCCACAAAACGUGCUGCGGGGUCCAUCGAUCGCUCUCGUCCACCCUCUCCGAAGCGAAACAAAAAUGCCAGAAGCUCUCGCGCUGGCACAAAAGGGCAAAAGACUCUACAGGGCUUUUUUCAGCCCUCAUCUACUAACCGGGUGGUAGGGAGAAGAGACAGCGACACCACCACGAGUGCCAACGCCAACGCCAGCGCCCCAUUUUCUUGCAAGCAAACAACAACGCAACCCUCUGAGCCCCCGUUGUCACACCAGGCCCAGCUAGCUUCCCCUGUUGACAAUCUGCCGCUAGAGAGAAGCGGUGGUGAUUGGAUAGAGGGCUUGCCGGAUUCAGUGGUAUUUGAUCCGAUUCAAGCAAAGGAAUCCUGGUCGAAACUUCUCGGAAAACGGAUGCUUCCCCGAUGUGAGCAUAAUGAACCCUGCAUCAGCCUCACCACUAAGAGGCCAGGAGUGAACUGUGGACGGUCAUUCUACAUUUGUGCCCGACCACUAGGCCCCUCUGGCGAAAAAGAACGCGGCUCUGAGUGGCGGUGCGGUACUUUCAUUUGGAGUAGCGACUGGAACGGAUCGCCAUCGUAG